UAGAAACAGUAAAAACAUAUUGAAGUUUAUAACAUAAAAAUUAUUUUAAAUCUUCAAUUAAUUAAAUGGAUUAUUUCUAUUUGUAUUAUGGACUCGCAUUUAUCAUAACCUGGUUCUUUUCGUAUUUAUACAAAGGUUAUGAUUAUUGGUCUAAGCAAGGCAUUCAAGGUCCCACACCAAUCCCAUUUUUCGGGAACUUGCUACAUUUACUGGUAACUCCACAACCCUUACAGGAAAUUAACUGGUUUAACAAAUAUGGCAAAAUAUACGGGCACUUUAUCGGGAAAACACCAAUACUAAACGUGUGCGAGCCCUCAGUGAUCAAAAGUAUCCUGGUUAAAGAUUUUCACCUAUUUUCCGACCGCUACCACAUCCGGGACGCCUCCGACCAGAUCGCCAGCAAAACCCUGUUUCACAUGAAUGGCGACGCGUGGCGUAGGGUUAGGGCCAUCACGUCGCCCACGUUCUCGUCGGGCAAAAUGCGCAAAAUGUACCCGCUCAUCAGGGAGUGCCUGGCCGACAUGCUUACCCAACUGGAUAUUUAUGCUACCAGUGGCAAGGUAUGCGACGUAAAGGACAUGUACGAAAACUACACCAUGGACGUAAUAGCCACCUGUGCGUUUGCCACGAAAACCAACGUGUACAAAUCUCAGGACCUGAACCCGUUUGUUGUGAACGCCCGGAAGGCCUUUAACGGCAUACAUGUGGCCGACUUUGCGACGCUUAUACCGGCGUUUGUCAAACGGCUACUUAGGGUCACCAUCACCGGUAAGAUUGGAUUUUUCUUUGAAACCACGAGACAUAUAUUGGCCAUCAGGAGGGACCACCCGAGCGAUAAGCAUAACGAUUUUAUUCAGCUGAUGAUGGAAGCCAUGUUGACCGAUAAGGUGACCAGGGAUGAGCAGGAUACUAAUGAAGCGCACUAUGUCAAUGAGGGAGCCGAGGAACUGGAGGUCGAGCGGAAAGCCCUAACCCGGGACGACCCCAAAUCGGGCGCCAAACAGCUGACCGAAAACGAGAUCGUCGCCCAGGCGUUCAUGUUUUUCUUGGCCGGUUAUGAGACGUCCGCCACCACCCUAUCCUUCUGUACGUACGAACUGGUCCGGAGCCCCGGUAUUCAGCAGCGCCUACACGACGAGGUGGUCGCCGCGUUUGAUUCAAAUGGCGAGAUCGAGUACGACGUGUUGGCACGACUACCCUAUUUGGAUGCCGUCGUGUCGGAGACCCUGCGUAUGCACUCACCCGCCCAACGGAUGCCCCGCAUAUGUAGCGUCGACUAUACACUGGGCGACACCGGGGUUAAGGUGGCGGCCGGUCAGAACAUAGACAUCCCGAUAUACGCCAUACAUCAUUGCGAAGAGUUUUACCCUGAACCUUUUAAGUUUGACCCGGAUCGAUUUAUGCCCGAGAACCGCCAUAAGGUACUGCCCUAUACCUACCUGCCCUUUGGUGCCGGCCCUCGCAAUUGCAUUGGUAUGCGAUUCUCGUUGCUGGAGAUUAAGCUAGGGUUGGCCCAUAUGAUUAAGAACUACCGGUUCUCGAUCUGUCCGGAAACGGACGUCCCGGUGCAGUAUAAACGUAUGUUACGUAUAGGCGCCCCUAAGCGUAUGAAUGUACGUGUUGAGAAACGUGUAACCACCAUCGACCAACAUACAGGCGCCAGUUAUAAAUGUAGCAUGCUCACUGGCCAGGUGCACUACGGCAUUGGCCACGUCCGAUGGUUCACCGAUACGACCAAUCGGGUACUUCCCCGCCAAACGUUGCUUAAAUGCCUUGAGUUCGUCCCCGGUCAUAUUACU